AUGCCCAUCUCAAAUUCACUGGGGGUGGCAACGCUCGUGUGGCUCAAUCCACAUGAUGAAGCUCAACUUGUCCAGCGUCUUCAAGAUCACGUUGGAAAAACCGCGUCAGUUCAGAUCUGGCAUCUUCCCAAGGCCAAGCUGCUUCGUCCCAUAGGAGAGAGAGACUAUCCCCUGGAUAGUAAAGGAAAUAUCUUCCAUGCUGCUGCCCUUGCCCACCGCGAAGGACUUUCGAGCAUCUUCGUCGCCGACAGCCUGACGAAGCGUCAACUGAAGGAAGAUCUACGCCCGGGCGAGGACCCUUUGCUCUCAGUGGUUAUGGUAAGGAUUCGAAGACAGGGCGCUGAUCAAAAUGACCGACCUUUUCGGGUCAUCGCAAAAAGGCACACAGUGGAGGGGGUCGCAAAUAUUCUUUAUCUUCUGAAUGCACUGGAAAUCUCACCCAGCUUUCUGAACCGCAAUGGCAACAACAAGGAUCACGGCAUUGAGCUUCAUGACCCAGAUCGCGCAGUCUUUGAACCAAACAGAGCAUCCUCCACUGGCCGCGAGAAUCAUGAAACCUCCAUCACAGCCGCAUUAUUACAAUCCUUCCCUCUCCCUACAGAGCUAUGCCGGGCAAUCACCUCGAUGAUCAACAAUCGGGCACACUUCCAACCAAAGAAAACGGCGGGGCUCUUACGCGGAUCUCACCAUGGAACAGUCAUAAUGCUCUCGUUCCCAGCCACUCCAGGUGAAAUCGAAGAGCUACGUGUGUCAGUUGAGCUGAGUCUGAGAGAUCGUGGUUAUCAUCACUCGGGCCCCGUAGGAAGUAUGAAGAUCCAACUCGUUCCAUGGACGAACGAUUAUCAAGCCACCAGACGUGACUUGGAAAUGCACUGGAACCAAACGCACCACCCAAAAUUGUGUCCGAUCUGGUAUCUUCUUGCACCUCCCCAGCGCAUAGCGGGUGGAUACGAUCUUGAGAGGGCCCAAUGGGCUGCCAUCUACCAUGGCUCGAAUGAUGGCAUCUUCAUUGCACGGAAAACUUUCCAGUCAAGGUUGAUGGAAAGUAUUUCACCUCAAUCGUUUCGCCGCAGUGCUGCAACGCAGUUUCAAGAUCGGUUGGCGGACCAGCUGUCUAUUGACCCGGAUCGGGUCGAGAUUUUCUGUUCACCAGACAGUCCGCUCUAUCUCAAUCCUCCCAUGUGGGAGCCCGUCGAUAGUGCUGGGAUCACCUCGAUAGCCUUGUUUUAUCUGACGAAUCAACUUCCGGAAGAGCAACAGCAGACUCUUAAAACCGAGCUUCAUACUUUGAAUGACAUGGAAGAUGAUUAUGAAGAUGAAGAUUACAACAAGGCGUGCUGUUUUGUACCUUGGGCAGAGGAGGGCGAGAAUGUCUCGGGUGGAACCGUGGACGACAUGUGGGAGGUAUUCUGGGGUAUGUAUCAAUUAACCACCUUCGAAAUGCCCAUCUUCUUUAUCGAUGAUCAAUCAGGGAUUGAUCAAACUGUCCUCGUGGUCUACCCGGACCACUGCUACAAUUCAGAUGAAGAUGCACAGUCGCUCAUGGAAGAUGUCAACAAGCCCAAAGUCAACGGCAUGCUCUAUGGCCGCAUUAAGGGGCGCGAUGCACACAUGGCCUGGAUGGAUUUGAGGGAUGUCAGCAUGGACUUCGACGAAUGCGUGAGGCUCAGUGGCCAGGAUGAGGAGCAUCAAUAUCCAGUGCCUCGCUGA